AUGAGCAACUCCCUGUCAAGUGAUGACCCCGAUGACCAGCAGGACAACUUGGAAGAUCUUGAUGAGGUCGAGAAUACUGGGAAGCGCCAUGGCACCAAGAAAACAAAGGGUACUGCUACUAAUCACCGCACAUAUGAUCUAGCACUCGGCAUCAGCGGGAACACAAUUGACAGUGUCAAACUCAAGGCAACCGCUUUGCUAAAGAAAGCAAUGUAUUUGCGCAGCCAUCCUGAUGCUGAGGGUCGUGCAUCUAACUUUGCGAAUGUUGCAGUCCGCAUCAUUUGCCAUAGGUCAUUUUAUGACAACGGUUCCAAAUCACUCAAACAUUUCACCAAAUUUCAGAAGACUAUUCCGCCCCCAGUGCUCUUCCUCAUUGGGACUAUCAUUCGUAACAUGAUUUAUAUCUACAGCAAAUAUGGCCAGGUAAAUGGCGCCAAGCAGACACCCAUUGAGGAUUCAGAGACUGCCUAUGACCACAUUUCAACAUUGUUCAACCACACAAACAGAGAUGAGUAUCAUGGACCGAAACUACAUCAAAUGCUCAAAGCUUGGGCAUUGGAAGGCAUAUAA